AUGGGUAACAUUUUUUCAAAAAAGGAUUUCAUUUUUGAAAAAAAACUUGCAUCAUCCGACACUUUGUCUGAAAAGGCAAUGUGUGUAUAUUAUUCAUUAUUUACUUCAAUAAUGAUCUAUUUAUUAAUUAAAUUGGAUAGAUUAUUUUUUGACAUAUUUAUAAAAAAUAAUGAAAAAAAAUUAAUUAAAUUACAUUCUGGUCUUGAAAAAUUGUUCGAAGAAAGGAAACUCGAAACAGAUUUUGAAAAGACCAAGAAUCUUUUGGAGGCAUACGAAAUUUUUAAGAAAAAAAAUUUCGAUAACAGAUACCAACCAGAGUAUCAACAUCAACCUCCAUAA